GGCGCAUGCGCAACGCGUGCUGUCAGAGCCGCAGCUAAUCCGCGCAAGCGCAGUGUGGUUUCGCUCCCUCCCUUCUCUCUCCCCGCCAAGCAGCACUUCUUGUAGCCUUUGUCUGUCCACUUUAACGGCAAAAUGUACGCUUGUGUCAAGCUGAUGUCCAACCCAUCCCUGAUGAAGAAUGGAGUAUGCUUGCUCAGCCGACCCCUGUCUACCGCACUACUGAAUCCAUCUGUACUCAAGACAGAUCAGCAGAUGGCACUUGUUCCAGCUCGAGGGAUCCAGAGCAGCGCCGUGUGCCGGGAUAUAGAUACUGCAGCAAAGUUUAUUGGCGCUGGAGCUGCCACUGUAGGAGUAGCUGGCUCUGGUGCUGGUAUUGGAACAGUUUUCGGGAGCCUCAUUAUUGGAUAUGCCAGGAACCCAUCCCUUAAGCAGCAGCUGUUCUCCUAUGCCAUCCUGGGCUUUGCCCUAUCUGAGGCUAUGGGACUGUUCUGCCUCAUGGUUGCAUUCCUUAUCCUGUUUGCCAUGUGAUUAAUCUGACCUGUCCUGCAAAUGCGUCCUGUGUGUCUGUCCGGGGAGGGUAGAGCCCUUUGCACCAGAUCUGCCAGUGGAUUCUGGGAAUAAAAUAUAAUUUGAAAAAUAA